AUGCGUGCGGUGGUUGGAAACCAGUGGUCCCUGAGGCCCAAGUUGUACGAACAAGCGAAGAAAUUAAGCUUUUUGCCGAACGACGGAAAUUUUUUCGCCGACGAUACGAUCGCGACUGCAGCCGUGAAAGACGAAUUAAAGAAAGACUUGAAGCAGGAGAUUGACGCUUUGAGUAGCGCGGAGGAUCCGAACAAAUGGCGGCAGCAGAUCCUGGACCAGAAUGUGUACUACACCACCGGGAAAAAACUCCAGAAAGUUGCCACACUGUGCCUGAUGGCGAGCAAGCUGCUGGCCGACGAGGGCAAAGACUACACCGACAGGUGCACGACGAUGCUGGAGAACGCGUUUGGUUGCUUGAUCAACCCGCAAGUUGCGGAGACGAAGCAGGGAACGGAGCAGGGACAAGACCACCUGUGCCAGAAGACCUCGG